AUGGACGACGUGCGCCAUGCGCAUACGAGGGACGACGUGCGCCAUGCGCAUACGAGGGACGACGUGCGCCAUGCGCAUACGAGGGACGACGUGCGCCAUGCGCAUACGAGGGACGACGUGCGCCAUGCGGCGCGUGCGCGAGUGGUGCGCGAGUGCCGUGAAGCUCACAUCAUGGCUCACCGCGUCAACGCCGCUGUGCUUGACUUGCUCGGGGUGAGUGUGAGUGUGGUCCCCUUCCUUUCUCCCAUCCUUUCUCCCCUCCCUUGCCCACUCCACUCCCGCCGCCCUCCUCUGCUCUCCGCGUCGACGCGUGUGUUUCCAUUUGACGAGCUGCUUGCUCGUUUGCUCGUGUGUUUCCGCGUCACUGACUCCCGCCUCCCGACGUCCCCUUCUCAUCCUCCCUGCCCAUCCGUCCCCCCAUACAUUGGAGCAGGAUCUGCAGUCGCCAAUGAAGCGUGCAGCGGUGAUUCCAUGGGGGCGGAGGCCAUCCUGGCUGUUGUUGCUGCUGCCGCCCGUGCUGUUGGCUCACUAUCCAUCUGCUGCUCCUGCAUUUGGUUGUACCUGUAA